AGAAGAAUGUGAAUGCGAGUUUGUAAAUAAAAAGGGUUGAGAUUUAGUGUUGUUUUGUAGACAGAAUUUAUUUACGUAAACGAAAAUGUACGUGGUGGUGGUUUGGUUGGAUUUUGGAUUUUGAGGUACCUGUCGUCAUGUUAUUUUUAAAAAGGAGUAAGUAGCAGCUGGGCUGUGCUGUGCAUUGACACCGUCCGUUCAAAGACUUGCGAAAUACGAGGACGACGACGAAUAAUAAAGUUAAUCCAGGUGGUGGUGUCAUGUUAUUUAGUGAAAUUAGAGACAAUUAAGUCGUUAAACAAAGUCGGGACGGGAAGAAAGUGUUGUUAGUUUUUAACUCUAAAGGUUUAAGACUUGCGAAAUAUUAUUUGCGAUGGAUUGGAUUUAAUUUGUUGCCAUCUUUAAUCCAGGUGGCAUUUAGUGAAAUUAGAGACAAUUAGUUAAUACACGACUUGUGUAACAAAAAGUAAACAAAAAGUCGGCGGAAGAAGGAAAGUGUAGUUGAAGUAUUAACUGUAAACAGACUUGCGAAAUAUGUAGGAUGGAUUGAAAUUAAUUUUGACAUCUUUAAUCCAGGUGGUGGCAUGUCAUUUAGUGAAGGUAGACAUAAUUAGUUAAUAAUACGCAAGUAAAGAAAGUCGGGAGAAGAAAGAAAGUGUAGUUAGUUAAUUAGUUGUACAUAGUUUCACGUUAGAGAGAAAGAGAGAGUGUCGAGGAGAUGGUCAUCAAAUUCGCUAACUCGGCUACUCAAGACGGUGGAAAAUGGUAAAGAUUGAAGAAAAUGAUGAAGAAGUCUCCCUUGGAAAAACGUCGGGUUUGGCUUAUCAAUCAAGAAGAUCGAUAAUCGUCCUUUAGUUGAGGUGGUCAUUGUUCAUUCGGAGGUGUCCAUGUCGAAAAAAAUUCAGCAUUAUCAUGACGAUGAUAACUGUUCCUCGGAGAAGUGUCGUAUCGUGACGUGACGUGACGAUGAUAUUAACAAAAGUGAUUCUACAGUACUACUUUUUGUGAGCAGCAAGCAAACUUCGAGAUGAUUGUCAUCCAAAAGUUUCUAUUUCUAUUUAAAUCAAAAUAUCGACGGAAAUGGUGGGCGGCGGUCAAAAUGUCACCGGUGUGUUUCGACACGACACUAAUUUUCCUCGUGCUCCUCUUCCUCAUCAAGUUCAGCGUGGUGGCGGAGGGGAAACGGUGCGGGGGGAAUAAUGUGACCGCGUUCGAAUGCAUUAAUGGAGAUUGUGUCGAGGAUCAGGAGAACGGUGGUGCCCUAAAAUGCCAGUGUAAAUCAGGAUUUUCCGGCCCCGGGUGUCAACACUGUCACGGGAAAGUUAAGUUACAGGGUCAAAGUGGCUGGAUAAGUGACGGGCUGGGAAAUUAUACCGCAAAUAUGAAGUGCACUUGGCUCUUGGAGUCAUCCCCUACGCUCAACAGCAGUAUAUCUCCGAUAUUUUUAAGGAUUGAGGAAUUUGCCACGGAAUGUGGGUGGGACUGGAUGUACAUUUACGACGGUGACAGCGUUUAUGCACCCUUGUUAGGAGUAUUCAGUGGAAUUGUAGUACAAAAUAAAUACCAAGCACUUCGUUUACCUGAGAUCGUUGCAAAGUCUGGAUACGCACUGCUCCAUUUCUACACCGAUGUUGCUUACAACUUGACCGGAUUCAAUAUUACCUACAGAAGCAAUUCCUGUCCAAGUAACAACAGCAAGUUGGAAUGUUCCGGAAACGGGUUGUGCAUAGAAGGACAAUGCACGUGUGAUGCAGCCUACUCAGGGAAAUCUUGCAGCAUUGAAAAGUGUCCGAACAAUUGCAGCCAUAAUGGAAUAUGUGACAUGGAGAAGCAUCAAUGUCGAUGUAGCGAGGGGUACAGAGGAAAUGACUGUAGUUACGAGGAAAAAGAAGGUUAUUGGGAAGUCGUUUAUCCAGAGGGGUCAAAUCCGAGGGGGUCAGCUUCUCACGCGUCCAUAGUUCAUAACGAUUCCUUAUGGGUCUUUGGCGGAAGUACGCUUGGUCUCGAUAUCAACGAUGAAAUUUAUAUUUCUAAAUUCGACUUUAUAGCCAACACUUGGGAAACGAUAGUUACAAAUAAAGGAGAUGCUUCACCACCGUCAUUAUACGGUCAUACCUGCGUCCUUUAUGAGGGGAAGGUCUACUUAUAUGGAGGCGUGCAAGGGGGAAGGUUUGGAAAUCGUGACAUUUCAAAGUCAGUCUGGUCCUUUGACUUAGCAACUAGAAAAUGGUCUAAGAUUGUCGUGCGACCGGAAAAAUGUCGCCGUGGGAUGUGCGGUCCUCUCCGCGUUUUUGGCCAUACCGCAGUUAUCAUUAAUGAUAAGGGGAAUAAGAGCAGACAUUCUCGUAUGGUUGUGAUUUCUGGACAUUCUCCCCGCUACGGUUAUGUCAAUGUGGUGCAGGAAUUCCAUUUCGGGAGCGCAAACUGGCACAUCGUCACCACAAAGGGCUACCCCUUCACCGGUUCUUUCGGCCAUUCCUCCCACUGGGAUCCCGUCACACAAAAAGUAUACGUUUUCGGUGGAUACCAAAUCAGCCAAGACUCCACGUCCGCAUAUCUCUCCAGCUCUCUAUAUUCCUACGACCCGUCCUCACACACCUGGCACGUGCAAGAGAAAGGCCCCGAAGGCCGCUUUCUCCACGGGGCCGUGGUCCAUCGCGGGUUAUACUUCAUCUUCGGCGGCAACGGUCACAACGAUACCACAUACAGCCUUGGCUCAAAGUGCUUUACGAGCGAAGUCAUGGUCUACGAUAUUGCCUGUGACGCCUGGUCCACCCUGAAACCUCCGGAGCAAAAAAUUGCGGCUGAUACGUCCCGCUAUGGCCACUCCGUUUUCACUUAUGAAGACCAAAUCUAUUUGUACGGCGGGUUCAACGGGCUCCUCCAGAACGAUGUGAUUCGCUUUAAUCCAACUAGUUGUAGGGUGUUCACGAGCCAGAAAGAGUGCACGACCAGUGUCAAACAAGGUGUCAAGUGUAACUGGAAUAAACUUAAGGAGAUUUGUGAACCCGGGGGGCAACAACCGGGUUUAAAAGACAAGGAAAAAGACAAGGAGAAGGAUGCAAGUAAUGUCUGCGGGAUUCGAGGGGGUGGAAGUGGGGGGAAGAAAUUAGAGGAUAAUUGUUUAAGUUAUCCGAGCUGUUCGACGUGUUUGCAUAGCAAGUCGGACUGUGUCUGGUGUGGGGGACAUUGUCAGUAUGCAAAGUGCAAGGAUAUUAAGCAUAAGCCCGUUUCAUCUCCCGACCAUUGUAAAGAUGACGAUUCCGUGUGUAAAUAUCACCUCCACAACUGCCCCUUAUGUUCCACGGAAGUUGGUUGUAUUUGGGGAAAAGAUGAGCGAUGCAUAAAAGACAGAAACCCAACCGAAGGUUUAUUAACGGAUAGAGAAGUCGCUCCGUGUGAACAAAGUUGCGCCGAUUUGUCCACGUGUACCAACUGUACGUCGAACAAUUGCAUGUGGUGCAACAGUUUAAAUACGUGCGUGGACAAGAACGCAUACGUAAUAUCAUUCCCGUACGGAGAGUGUAUGUCUUGGUCACAACUUUCUAGUUCCUGCUAUUCAAAAGACUCGCAGUUUGUUUCUACCAGAGUUUCAAUGUGUGACGAAGUAGCUUCAUGUGACUCCUGCCUAGCCUUGCCAUCCUGUGGAUGGUGCGAUGACGGCUCUGGAACUGGAAAAGGUCGCUGUAUGGAUGGAUCCAGUCGCGGUCCACUUUCCAUCAAUUCGACUGGAGCCUUUCUCAACCAUACGAAUUGUCCCGAUCCCAAAUGGCAUUUUACAAAUUGUCCAGCCUGUCAAUGCAACGGGCACACCACAUGUGAUGAAAACUUUCGCUGCAAAAAAUGCCAGGAUUUCACAGAAGGAGCAAAUUGUGAAAAAUGCAUACACGGCUAUUACGGCAAAGCUAUUAACGGGGGUCACUGCAACCUAUGCGAGUGCAACGGUCAGGCGGACGUGUGUCACACGGAGACGGGACGCUGCUUCUGCACGACGAAAGGCAUCACGGGGGAAGAAUGCAAAAAAUGCGAUACUCAAAACAACUACAGCGGUGAUCCGAACAACAGUUCUUGCUUUUACGAGCUUCAAAUCGAUUAUCAAUUUACGUUCAACCUGUCGAAAAAGGAGGAUCAGUACUAUACCAAAAUCAACUUCAGAAAUACUCCAAACAAACAAGAUAUUGAUGCCGACUUCCAAAUUACUUGUUCAAUGAUGGCGAAAAUGAAUAUUAGUUAUAUUAGAGUCGGCCUCCCGGAAACAUUUAUCAUUCAAAACCACACUUGUACCACGUUUAAGUAUCGCUUUUCAAGAAACGAGUUCAGUUUUGGGGCUCCGGAUAAUACCACGUUUUACGUUUACGUGUACGAUUUCCAUCCACCGCUCUGGAUUCAGAUAUCAUUUUCGCAAUCUCCAAAAUUAGACUUGCUUCAUUUCUUUAUUACGUUUUCAACGUGUUUCUUAGUCCUGUUAAUUCUCGCAGCAGGUUUGUGGAAAAUCAAGCAAAAGUAUGACAUGUACAGGCGACGACAGCGCUUAUUUGUAGAAAUGGAACAAAUGGCUAGUCGACCCUUUGCCCAAGUAUUCAUGGAAUUAGGACGAGCAAACCCGUUAUCAAGAUUGUCGUCGUUACGUCGCCGAAGAAAAGACGCACCGAGUCCCAUCGCUCUGGAGCCAUGUCAAGGAAAUCGGGCCGCUGUACUUUCCCUCUUGAUAACGUUACCCACAGGGUCGCGCCAAUUCUCCCCUCCAGGCCAAUCUGGCUUAUCCGUCGGAUCUACCCUCGUGGCGUUAGGAAAUCCACGAAAAGCCAGUUUUGAGCCUGCAUCGAAGACUGAAGGAAAAAAUAAGAUUCGAAAAUCGUUACCCUCGCAUGGAUUAAACACGUGCAUUUAGUCAAUCUUAACAUUAUUAUUAGCGCAAUUAGUUAAUUUUAAUUAUUAUUUAACCUUUUUUAUCAAGACAGACACACUGCUACAAAGUGCAACUUAUUUGUGCAGGUGCCGUUUUUCGUUUUUAAAUGUUUUUUUUCUCUCAUUUGCAUAAUUAUAUCAAUCAAUCAUGGUGCUCAAAACCACAUCAUACACAAACAACAAUCCAAGGAAAUAGUCACCCCGAUUACUUAUCCGUUAUUUUAUUUUAUUUUACUAAUAUAUAAUUUUACCUUUCGUAUUUAUGUACGAGUUCAUUCAUGUAACGUGUAGCUUUUAUUCGGUUCGUUCGUUGGUAUUAACAAUCUUAUUAUUAAACAAUAUCAUCAUUACUAAAUAGAUUAUAUGUCAGGAUAGACUUAAAAUUACGAGGGGCGAACGUAUGUAGUAGCGUAUGAAUUUAGUAGGUAAGACAUCAUCUCAAUCGCAGAUAAGAGGGCGAGAUAUUGGGUGAGGAUUUUCGACGAAAUGUCCGGCGAUUUGUUAGCAAAAUCGCUGAGAAUUUGUAGAGUAGAUACGAAUUAUCAGCGAAAUGUCCGUCAAUUCGUUAGCAAAUUUGUAGAAUUGAUGCGAAUUUGCUAACGAAUCGGCAGACAUUUCGCUUCGAAUUCGCAUCGACUCCACAAAUUCGAAGUGAAAUUGCUAAUGAAUCAACGGACAUUUCGUAGAAAAUUCUCAACUAAUAUGUCCCCCUGUUAUCUGGGAUCCUUGUUUAACAUAUUCGCAACAUAUUCCAAAAAGUACUUCUGUAUCGUUGCGUCACCAUAAAUAUUAAGUAUGGCCAAGUGAAUAUUUAUAGUGCUAAAACAACCAGGCUUGCAUGUCACAUACUUAAUUAGCCUUUUAACUUAUCAUGUUUUUUUGUGAUCUACAAUUUUAUUUAACAAAAUACCAAAGUUAUUAUCAAUCGCUAUACAUUUAACGUAGGGCUGGAUGCCUCAU